AUGGCCCAAGUCAUUGGCAACCAGGAGCCUCACCUCCAAGUAAACGAGGCGAGCGAUGCGCUCCCAGAGACUGGACAGGCGCCGGCCCCAGAGGCGCGGGCCCCAUCGCCGCCCAACGAUGCGGGGCUGGCCAGAGGGCGGGUACUGAGCUCCUCCCAGUCCUCCUUGCGCCAGACAAGGACGGUCAGCUUCCCCGACGUGGAGUCGGCAGACUCUUCGCAGGAGCACACGCAAGGCGUUCAGUCUCAGUUCACCAAUGCAAGCAGGCUGUCCAGAAGGUUCCAGCGUGCCAGCGGCAGGUCGAUGUGGCGAUUUCCGACCAGCACGGGGCAGGUACCACGUUACAUGCAGAGGGCCUUCCGAGUGAAGACCUUCGGCCUCCUCUCUUUGCAGCUCCUGGUCGCCCUGGCCAUCGGGGCAACGAUGAGCUACCUCGAACUCUGGAGAGAGUUUGAGGUCCCAGCCAGCCCGGCAGUCACGGAGGUCAUAACCUAUGUAACUGGUGCCGUCAACUUGCUUUGCGUGCUGCUUCUUCACUUCCUGGCGGACAGAUUUCCGGCAAACUACUUGUGCUUGCUGCUGACGACGCUGGUCUCAGGGUUCUUUUGGGGAUUGACACACCUCGCGCCCCAAUUUGGAGAUGAGAUAGUGCAUGUACAGAUUGGUUUGGUCCUAUGCAUCACCAUGAUGGUUGCAGCGGUGCUGUCGUACAUCCUGGACAGCCGAGAAGAAAAGAUUACUGGAUCCAGCUUGAUCGCCAUCUCCCUGGGCUCUGGCUACGUUUUGGGCUCCCUAACCAACGUGUUCCUGUUCACCCUGGUCUUGGAAGCAACGCCCUUCCAGAUCUUCGGGGGCAUAGGCUUUGCGCUAUUGCUGCUGGGGAUUCUUCUGCUGGAUGUCGGCGGCUUGCUGAUAAGCUGCCAGCCCGACGACUUCAUGACGGUUAUUGUGGCGAUGAACUCGACACUCUUGGUUAUCGUUAGCAUCCCGUUCUUUUUCCUCGGGUUCUGCAUCCUGCGACUGGGGGAGGUCGAGGAGCCCCAGGCAGCGGACUUGGCAGAAGCAGGUGCCAGGAGGCCACAGACGAAUUGA